AUGACGUUUCUUGUGAAACUCUCUAUAUCUAUUCUAGUCCUUUGCCUAUGGCAAAUUGCUGACGGUGCGAGUACAGUAGGCACAUCAUCGGGUAAUGGAACAAGCCAAUAUGGCACAGAAAAUGCAGCUACAGUUGGAGCGACCACUGUAACCUUGAGUGAUGCAACGGAUGUAGGCACACGGGGUCAACAUAAUGUUUACGGUGGUCGUGUGACGGGUAGUCCCGUGAAGAACACGGUGUUCGAUGACAUGAGGAGAAAAUUAAAAUCCAAGGUGCACGUCAAGAAUCCAGGACCUGCAAAGAGGAAGCCACAUGGUGGAACAGCGCAGAACAAGCUGAAGGAAUGUUGUCAGAAAUUGAAACGUUGUAAAAUGGGAAGGAGAGCAUGGUCAAUACUUAUAGUAAUCUCCACAGUCCUGUAUGCAUUCUUUAUGACCAUUAUCCAACCUUUCAGUAAUGAAGCCGAAACUGGAAUAAUGUUAGUGUUGGCGACGCUCGGGAGCAUGCAUGGAAUAGCCCUACUCAUUGCAAUUAUCUAUUGCUGCGUGCUA